AUGAGAGCGACAGCAGCAACGGCAGUAGCAGCAGCAGUAGCAGCAGCAGUAGCAGCAGCAGCAACAGCAAAGACACCGCUACUUAGCAAAGAGGAAUACGAGCGACGUCUGGAGCGUUCACUGCAGUACAUUGAAGGGGCAGCAGGCAAUACUUUCCAUUGUUGCAAAGAAGACUGUCACGGUUGGUGCUUCUAUGGGCCUGGCCUCAACCGAUUCCCCUGCCCUUGCUGCAACUCUGUCAACUGCGUUAACUGCAGGGCAAUUCACGAUCCGAUGAAUUGCAAGGAAUAUCAAGCAUAUCUUGUCCGAGAGGCCGAGAAGAACGAGGAGCUCAAGCAAAGCUUGAAUCAGUUGCAGGUGAGCUCAUGAAACGAGUCGACAAAGUGACAUCAUUAAAAGGGAUCCAUGUGCAGAAGC